AUGUCUCUCCCACUGAAGGCCAAAGUCUCGAUCCGCGAUAAUUGGGAAAAGCCCGAAUGUCGUGCUCAAGAGUCUAUGAAAAGACUGAAAGAUGUGCUUGGUCUUGAUGUUCGCUGUGAACCACAAUGGCAAAUCCUUGUGUCUGAACUGGGAAGCUUUUGGGGAGAUAAGGACCAGUUGGUUUCUACAGUGGCAUCGUUCAUCCAGAUUUGGUUGGAAGUACUCACCGAGUUGCUCGAUGAUGAAACUCACGAGGCUUGGACUGACAAUGUUCUCACCAAGAUUAGGGAGCUGACUUCGAGAUUGAAUUUGACGGUUGAGGUAUCAGAGAAUGAACGACCCUCUACCAAGUGGUCUGACGCACAACUUGGGUUCAUUCUGUAUAUCCCCAAGGCCCUCGUAUACCAGCCAGCUCAAUACUUGGGUCUCUUCAAGGAACAGCUUCUUGAAUGCUUCGAAGAAAACCAGCCGUCCAAAUCGUUGCCCAUACACUCCACCACGGGCGAUGAAUGGGCAGAUGUCGGAGCAGAAGAACCAGAAGAAGAGCCCUCAAAGCCUCCACAAACAAGCGCUAAAGCACCAGCCGUUGAUUAUCUUCCAGACCCCAACACUAUGCCGAAACCUGGAGCACUUUUCCAGCAAGCUCCCUAUCAUCUCUUCGUGUAUACCUCGACAUACAACAGGAGCUACAAGAUUGAAAUUGAAUGCAGCCACAGUCAGACUUUGGAAGUUUUGGCAGAGUAUUUGAAAAAAUGGACAAAGACCAAUGUCAAUCGUGUAGAUAGGCCUCCUGCGGUGGAGAUCACACUCAACCACGCCGCCUCUGGCUUCGGACUCGAGUGUGAUAAACUCACGCUGCAUUGCGAGAAUAGAUAUGGGCCUCUCUAUAACAUCUCUGCAACUGUGAUUCUGAAUUUGGUUGAAGGGGUGUUUGGGUAUGAGAGAGUCUAUGGAGAUGCCAGUUCAUGGCACUACCGCAGAGACACACCGUUCAAGAGGCGAUGA